GAUAAGUUAGUUGCCCGCGGCGCUGCACCCACAAAGCACGGGCGCGGAGGGAGGAAGUGCACUGAUAACUUGACAUUAUCACACGAAGUCGAUCAAAAAACUCCCUUAACUCAGUGUUGUAUAGGAUUUCGUUGACUUGAGAGCGUUCGGUGGGGAUAAGAGCGGCGGGGACACCUUGCUGAUAAACUGUCAAGAAACGAUUAAGUUGUAGUUCCGUUGAGUUUCAUGUUCCGACAUUACCCCAUCAAUUCGAUCAAGAUACCCCUUUUAACAUAGUGCUGGGGUACCGUUGACGUGUGUUAAGAAUAAUAAAAGUAGCGGAGAAACCUUACUGAACUAACAAGAAACUCCUUAAAUUACCAAACGUGAAAAUACCUGAAAAAGCCUGAAUUGUCCUUUGAGUCAGUGUUGUACGUUGACUUGUGUUGUGUUGAGUUCGUGGGCGUAAGAGAGACAGAAAAGAGUGGCCACACCUAAGAAGCGUUGCCGAUAGACUGACACAGACUGACAUUAUAGUGCAUGAAGAGAAUCAACCUAAACACAGUGUUCCAGUUUCGUUGACUUACUGUGUUGUGUUGUGCUCAGAGUCACAUAUAAGUGGCAGAAAAAGUGUUACUAAUUGUGUUUCGUGGUAUUUCGUGAUGGCCUGCGUGUUGAGCGAUAAACUGAUUGCAUGAAACGACGGGACAGAGAAAGCAAUGCAGUGAUGGUGAUGGCGUGUUUGGGAAAGAAGUGGUGAUCCGAGGAGCCGCCAGCCACCUACCUAUAUAUGUGUGUAUGUGUGCGUGUGUUUACGACUGAGGCAUGAAGAAGAAAGCAGCGCUGAGCGGCGCCACACGCACCGUCUACAUCAACCAACAACCUCCUCCCCCUACUCCUGCCGCCCCGCCCUCGCCGUCUCUAGGCUCCGAUGAUGCCAGCCCCAGUCCACCUCCGCCUACGCCGCCGCCUAACCUCCCCCGCUAUGCCACAAACAAGGUCACCACGGCCAAAUACACGGUGGUCACCUUCCUGCCCAAGAAUCUCUUCGAACAGUUCCGGCGGUUGGCCAACUUCUACUUCCUGUGUCUGGCCAUCAUCCAUAGCACGAUAGACAGCCCCGUGUCCCCCCUGACGAGCAUCCUGCCGCUGCUCUUCGUGGUGAGCGUGACGGCCGUGAAGCAGGCGUACGAGGACUGGCUGAGGCACCGGGAGGAUGACAAGGUUAACAACGCCCCCGCCACGGUGCUCAGGGACGGCCAGGCGAAGAGGGUCAAAUGGCACCAGAUCCAUGUGGGGGACGUGAUCAAGGUCAGCAACAGGGAGGAAUUUCCGUGUGACCUGCUGCUGCUGACCUCAUCUGACCCCGAGGGCAAGUGUGACGUCACCACGGCCAACCUGGACGGCGAGACCAAUCUGAAGGUGUUUGCGUGUCCAUCAGAAACCAGGGACUUGCAGAACGAGUAUGACCUCUGGAACCUGCGGGCGACGGUGCAGUGCCAGCUCCCACACGCCAACCUCUAUGACUUCAAGGGUCGGCUGGACGUGUACCGCGGCGACGAGCGACCGGACACGACAUCGCUGGCCACCGACAACUUGCUGCUGCGGGGCGCCAGGCUCAGGAACACGGCCUGGGUCUACGGCGUCUGCAUCUACACAGGGAAGGACACGAAGAUGGCCCUCAACUCCAAGAUUAAAAGCAACAAAUUCUCCACGAUAGACAAGUCCAUGAACUACUUCCUGGUGUUCUUCUUCGUGUUCAUGGUGUUUGAGAUCGUCCUGUGCACCUUGCUCAAGUACCAAGUGUUUAACCAGGAGGUCAUCGACAGCAUGUGGUAUUUGGGCCCCCAAUCGAACGUGACCGAGACAGCAGUGACAGCCAAGGACGUAUAUCAGGACAGUGUCUCCUUCCUCGUCAUCUUCAGCUACAUCAUCCCUGUCUCCCUCUACGUCACACUGGAGAUCGAGAAGUUCCUGGGCACACUCUUCCUUCAGUGGGACGAGGAGGUGACGGGCACGGGGGAAGACGAGGCGCCCAAAGUCAACACCUCAGACCUUAACGAGGAGCCCGGACAGAUGGAGUUCCUGUUCUCGGACAAGACGGGGACGCUGACGGAGAACAUCAUGACUUUCCGGCGGUGCUCCGUGAACGGCCGCAGUUACGUGGACGCCGACGGGAGGCUGCACUCGGCGACCACAGCUGAGGGCGAGGACGGCGUAGGGGAGGAGAUCACGCAGAUGACGGACGAGCUGGUGGCGUUCCUGGUGACCCUCGCCCUGUGCCACACGGUGCAGGUCACGGCCAAGGCGGCGCCGGAGCAGGAGCUGGCGGUGAUGAAGGCCAGCGAGGAGAGCGUGGAACUUCAAGAGCUGGGUCCCGAGUACCACGCCUCCAGCCCCGACGAGAAGGCCCUGGUGGAGGCGUGUGCGAGGUACGGCGUGGUCUUCCUUGGCAAGCGGGAGGACAAGCUGAGCCUCAAUGUGCGCGGGGAGACCAGGACGUACACGCGACUGCAGAUCCUCGACUUCGACUCAGACCGCAAGUGCAUGUCGGUGGUGGUGCGCGAGGAGUGGUCGGGGCGGCUGUGGCUGCUGACCAAGGGCGCGGAGAGCAGCGUGCUGAGGCGCUGUCACGUGGCGAGCGAGGACGAGCAGCGGAGCCACGACGCCACGGCGGCCCACAUCGACGACUACGCCAUGCUGGGUCUCCGCACGUUGGCGGUGGGGCGGCGCGAGAUCAGCGACAAGCAGUACAAGGAGUUCGCGGGGCAGCUGUUCAAGGCCCGCUCGGUUCUGGAGGAUCGCGAGGCGGCGGUGAGGAAGGUGACGGACCUGAUGGAGGCGGAGUUGACCCUGCUGGGCGCCACCGGCGUGGAGGACCUGCUACAGGAGGGUGUGCAGGAGACGCUGGAGGCCCUGCGGGUGGCCGGCAUCAAGGUGUGGGUGCUGACGGGCGACAAGGUGGAGACGGCGGUCAACAUCGCCUACUCGUGCGGCCACUUCAAGAAGUUCAUGACCGUGCUGACCCUCACCGGCCUGCAGGACCCCGAGCACGCCGCCGCCAGGCUGCAGCAGUGCACGGAGGAGACGCAGGCCGAGGGCUCCUACGGCCUGGUGGUGGACGGCGCCUCGCUCGUCCUCCUCCUCGACCACCUGGCGGAUGAGUUCUACGAGCUGAGCCGCGUGUGCUGGGCCGUCGUGUGCUGCAGGAUGUCGCCGAGCCAGAAGGCGGAGACGGUGAAGCUUGUCAAGAAUUCGAAAGACUCCCCGCGCUGCGCCGCCGUCGGGGAUGGAGCUAACGACGUGUCCAUGAUACAGGAGGCGCACUUCGGGAUAGGCGUGAUGGGCAAGGAGGGGCGGCAGGCGGUGAGGUGCGCGGACGUUGGUCUCGCGCAGUUCCGGUUCCUCCAAAAGCUCUUCUUCGUUCACGGCCACUGGAACUACAUCCGUAUGUCCACCUUUGUCAACUACUCCUUCUACAAGAACCUCGCCUUCAACACUCCCAUGGUCUUCUACUCUGGCUGGAGCGCCUACUCGACUCAGAGCGUGUACGAGGGCUUCAUCCUGGUUUCCUUCAACAUGACCUGCACCUUCCUCCCCGUCCUCGCCUACGGACUCUUCGAACAGAACCUGCCCGCCGACCUGCUCAUGGCACGCCCGCACAUCUACAAGCGACUCGCCGGAAACUCCUCGCUCACCUGGACGCGCUUCCUCAAAUGGAGCAUAUUCGGCUUGUGGCACGCGGUGGUGAUGUACUUCGGGCUCAUGCUGGCCUGUGAUGACGACACCUGCGGGUUACCUCACGGCCAGACCCCCGACCUCUACCUCUUCGGCAUGGCCAUGGGCACCCUCUGCACCUGCGUCGUCAACUUCAAGAUCACCAUCGAGGCCAACCACUUUAACGUGAUGUACAUCCUCUCCAUGGUCAUCACGCUCGUUGGCUAUGGGAUCCUCUACAUCAUCUAUUGUGGCAUCGGCGUGGAGCCGUUCGUUAAGUUCGGCAUCUUCGGCGUGUACUACCGGAUGUUCGAGAAUGCGGCCCUCAACCUGGCCUGCCUCGUGCUGGGGGUCAUCUGCCUCCUCCCUGACCUCCUCGACAAGAUCUACAGGCACUCCACGGACCACGAGAUGCGGCAGUGGCGGUGGAUGCAAGAGCAGAAGAGGAAGGGGAAGUGGAAGGAAAGGAGCAGCACUUUAUCUGAAGGGAAGGACAACAUGGGAUUCCACCCUGAAGGGAAGUUCCUGAGCACCUGGUUGGAGGCCGUCGAGAAGGAGGAGAAGACCAGCGAUGGCUUAAACGACGGGGAGGAAGCAGACGACGGGACUACUAUGAAAAAUGGGGUGCCUUUUACGGAACUUUAAGGACACAAUAUUAAACUCUUCGGAGCCUUAGUGCAUCUCUUUAAAAGGCUCUUGAGGAAGUUGUCGGGGCUGUUUCAUGACCCUGGCGGUAGUUUUGCAAGGCUUCGGCGCUGUGAACGGGAAGAACACUCAUGACAACCCGAAAUAGCUCCUGGCCUUAAAAAAUAGUUGUAGCAAGAACCCGAGGCGAUUGAUAAUACCAGUUUUAGUCUGAGUCCCCCCUCAAACCACAGUCUCAGGAUGCCCGUGGGUGGAUAGCUGCUUGUGUUUACUUUUGUGGUGGAAGCUGAGGAGAUAAAAUUUUAAUGGCCGUUGAAGAUUGAUCGGUUUAUCUUGCUUUUUCUGGUUGUUGUUCUUCGUCUAUUACAUCUGUGGAGGAAGCUGAGAAGACAAUUGCUCGUUAGAAGUGGAUUGUUUUGUCUUGCUUAUCUAGUAGUGCUAUACCUAUUCAUCUGCUACGUCUGUGGAGGAAGCUGAAAACACAGAUGCUUGUUAGAAGUGGAUUGUUUUGGCUUACCUCAUCUGAUUCUUGUUCUUGUUCUUCAUUUUGUUCUUCUUCUGUCAUAUGAGAGUAUCCAAGAGUUAAACAAACCAGCAAAUUAGCAAAAAAAAUUCAAUAAUCUGUCCCUACUUAGACACAGAUUUAGGGGCCAGAGUUUUGCGAUGCACCAGUAACAAAAUUGACUCUUUUUUGUCUGUUUCGUGAGCAGGUUCCAGAAACACAGCACAACACUUGCCGUCGUUGGGCUAUUUUAUUUUAUUUAGUUUGUGAAAGACUCGUAAUGUAGGCUAGUAGGUAAUUUAAUUUAUUUCGUCCAGAGAUAAUUAUUGUUUUUUUGUUUUGUUUUUGGUUGAAUGUAUUUAAUUGUCGGUGUUGUUGUUGUUGUUGUUGUUGUUGUUGUUUAAGUGUACAGUUGUAAAUAAUAUAACGUAAUUAGUGCCCAAGUUAUUCAUUCAUGUGUGUGUGUGUGUGUGUGUGUGUGUGUGUGUGUGUGUGUGUGUGUGUGUCAUCUUCCCCAUCAUCACCACCACAACAAUGCUCAUUAUAAUCCUAGUCGUCGUCCUCAUCCUUGAUCCUCGUCGUGUCGUAAGUCGGAAUAAACAAGAGUCGUAUCUCGGUAACAAACUGUCGUACGUCUGAACUGAGAAGUGUCGUAUCUCGGUAACAAACUGUCGUACGUCUGAAUUGAGAAGUGUCGUAUCUCGGUAACAAAAGUGUCGUGUGUCUGUGGUUUGUUGAAAUAAAGUUGUACUAUUUCAG